CUCCAGGUGUAGCAGCUGAAAUCUGUGUGACUGUUAAAGAUGGAGUUUAUUAAAGAGGAGAUUGAAGACAUGAGUGAUCCAGAACCAUCCAGAAUAAAACAUGAAGAAACUGAGGAACAAAUAGACCAGAUGGAAGUGAAGGAGCAAAGACACAAACUAAAUGAUGUAAAGAAACACUGUGACUUCACAACUCAAGGAACAAAAGCCAAAAAGCUGCACACCUGCUCACAGUGUGGAAAGAGUUUCCCAUAUACAUCUGGACUCAGAAUUCAUCUGCGUGUUCACUCUGGAGAACAACUAUUUAACUGUAAUCAGUGUGGUAAAUAUUUUAAAUUGUCAUCAAGUCUAAAACGACACCUGAAAGUUCAUUCAGAUGAGAGCUGUUAUGUGUGUUCUCUCUGUGGAAACAGUUUUUCUUGGCUGGUGAAUUUUAAACAGCACCAGAAAACACAUGAUGAAGUGAAAGAUCAUGUGUGCUUUGAAUGUGGGAAGAGCUUUACUGCAUCUACUCAACUGAAACGGCAUCAAAGAAUUCAUACCGGAGAAAGACCUUAUAAGUGUUCAUCUUGUGACAAGAGUUUCGCUCAGUCUGCACACCUGAAAUCACAUGAGCGAAUUCAUACUGGAGAGAAGCCGUACUGCUGUACUCAGUGUGAGAAGAGUUUCAGAGAUCCAACAGUUUUAAAAGUUCAUCUGCGCAUUCACUCUGGAGAAAAACCAUUUAACUGUAAUCAGUGUGGUAAAGAUUUUAUUUCUUCAUCAAAUCUAAAACAACACUUGAAAGUUCAUUCAGGUGAGAGGCCUUAUGUGUGUUCUUUCUGUGGAAAGAGUUUUUCACGGCUGGACAGUUUUAAACUGCACCAGAAAACACAUGAUGAAGUGAGAGAUCAUGUGUGUUGUGACUGUGGGAAGAGCUUUACAACAGCUUUCAAUCUAAAACAGCAUCAAAGAAUUCAUACUGGAGAAAGACCUUACAAGUGCUCAUAUUGUAACAAGAGUUUCACUUUGUCUGGAAGCCUGAAAAAGCACGAGCGAGUUCAUACUGGAGAGAAGCCGUACCACUGUACUCAGUGUGGGAAGAGUUUUAGACAUUUAUCAAGCCUUCACUUUCAUAUGAAAAAAUGUUGCAAGUGAUCAACAUUAGUUUUCAUGUUAAAUACAUUCAAGUAAAUUCUCAGAGAUAAAAUAUGGAGUUUAUACUGAAAGCACAUUAUCAUUUAAUUUUGUGAAUUUGGUGAAAAGCACUGAAAACUUAAAAGAUUUAAGAUUUGAAGUUUCACCAGUCAACAUCUCUUACACUGUAAAUCAUUGUACUUUUUUCUGUCAGUAUUGAUUGUGUGCUUAGUAGGUCUUAUUUGAAUUAGAUAUAUUCAAUUAAUUUACUUUAUAUACUAAGUGUACUAUAUUGUGGUCUGAUUGUACAUGCAAUUAUGAGAAAUAAAACAAACAUCUUGUCUUGAUUGAUCUAUUUAAUAAACAAAGAGAAUGAGUUGUUUAGUUUUAAUCACAUUAAUGAGUUUAAUCAUAAUACUGUGAUGAAUAUGUUUGGGAUGUACAGCAUUAUUAGCCAAAUGAUCAGGUCUUGUAUCAUACAAAGAGGUUUGAGUUCAUUUUUAUCUUUUAUUUAACAAAAAAAGUUCCAAAGCUUCAGUUCAUCAAAUAUGGUGGAUGUAAUAGAAUCUAUAAAAUAUUAAACAAUAAACAAACUGUUGAUCAUUUGCAUUA